CUUGUGAGGCGUUUCUUCAUGUAGUUGGCACAGUGUUGGGAGUAACUGGUUACAUGUUAGUAAAUUACUUAAUUUACUGAGAGUAAAUGUGUAGUUAAAUUACAGUUACUUGUGAAAAUGUUAAGGAUUAGAAAGGGGGUUGCAUCUUAUUUUUUUCACACAGACAGAUUUGAUUGAGAGACUGCUCUUAUUUAUGAGGCAGCAGAGUUUCAGGAGUAACCUUCCCAGCUCUGUCCCUCUCUGUAGUUCAUCAGGAUGCUCUCUCAAAGCCACAGAGUGCACACUGCGUCUGAAAGGACUUGUGUAGGCCGGUGACAUUGUCCUGUUCCUCUGCGGCCACAUUCCUCUCGGCUGACACAGAGAACAGUGUGCAGAUUAGGACGGAGGAAACACUGGAAGCGGGCGGAUCUUGGCCGACGCGCUCGGCUCUUCUCUCCACAGCUUAAAGGAGAAUGUGUCUGCGUCUGGUUUUGUGCCUCUCAUAAAAAAAGGAGAAGAGAGCAGCUUCUCUGCCAGGGCUGUGGUCUCGGGUGUUUGUGACAUGAUGCCGGGACAGAUCCCGGACCCCUCGGUGACGGCCGGCUCACUGCCCAGUCUGGGUCCUCUAGCAGGCCUUUCUGCCUCCACACUGACUGAACACCUGAAGUACGCCGACCUCUGUAACCUCGGGGCCAUGCUGUCCCCUUUCCAUCUCCUGGGGAAGCUGGGCAAGCGGACGCUCCCUAUCAAAGCCGAGAAAGAUGAAGAGGAUGAGCGGAGGAAAAGAAGGAGAGAGAAAAACAAAGUGGCAGCAGCAAGAUGUCGAAACAAAAAGAAAGAAAGAACAGAGUAUCUACAGCGGGAAUCUGAGCGUCUGGAGAUGAUGAACUCGGAGCUGAAGUCACAGAUCGAGGAGCUAAAGCACGAACGACAGCAGCUCAUACUGAUGCUCAAUCGCCACCGGCCCACCUGCAUCGUGAGCACAGACAGCAUCAAGACGCCUGAGAAAGAGAGCAACCCUCUCCUGGAGCAGGUGGAGCCCAAAUGAGAAGAACCACACACUUCAUGACCACGUUACUGUUUACAGGUCAGCUCGUCUCCAGAGAGCUGAAGCACUUGGCUCGAAGCACUUGGACAUUUUAGGGAAGAGAGAAUUGCGUCUCUGACCUGCGAGGUUGGAGUUUAGAGACUAAACGAAGAAAAAAGAAAAACACACCGAUGGCCUGUGUGUUGGCGAAACUUUUGUGGGACAGUUUUUUUUCCGUUUUUCUUUUUUUUGGUCAUAAAGUGCCUUAUUUGUUUUAGUCCAUUUCGUUUUAUGGGAAGAAUUGUCUGUAGGUUGUUCUGAACUGAUGAAAACACUCAUUGAAUGGUUGGACAUGCAUGUUAACUGGAUGAUUCUUCACAGACCGUCUCAACAUUUAUUCACCAUUUGCUGCCUUCAGUUGGUUUUUUGUUUUCUGGCGCAGGCGUCAUGUAUGCACAUAUGUAUGAACUGUUUACAUCUUGCCAAUUUAUUAUAGUUAUCUAGUAUAUAAAUAUAUGAUUUUUAUACUUCCUGUACAUGGACUUAUCACUAGAUGUGAUACAUUUUAUGCAACAAUUUCAUAACCUCUAUUUCUGUGACUUAUUCAAUUUGUUGUAUAGCUGUGAAAACUGCAAUUACAAUUAUUAAACAAGUGAUUUCCAAAA